AUGGGCGCUCCGCCCGCCCGCGGGGCCGCGCUCCCGGUGCUGCUGCUUCUGCUGCUGCUGCUGCUGCUGCACGCACUGGGAUCCGCCACCGGCACCGCCACCAGCACCGCCACCUGCCCGUCCGGCGCGCUCCUGCCGCUGCUCCAGCCCCGCCGCGGCACCGGGGACAGCGGCGGCUCCGGAGGCACCGGGGACAGCGGCGGAACCAGGCCGUUUCCGAGCACCGACGCUUCCAGCGGCACCGGGGACAGCGGCGGCGACCGACCCUUCUCGGACACCGGCGGGGGUGGGAACGGCGGCGGCGUUGGGACCGCAUCGAGCACCGGCGCGGAUGGGAACGGCGGCGGCGUUCGAACCGCACCGAGCAUCGGCGCUUCCAGCGGGGGCGGCCGCGGCGGCGGGCCCCGAGGCACCGGCAGGCCCCAAAGCACUGGCGGCACCGGGAGCCCCGCGGGCACUGGGGAUGCUCAAGGCCAUGGAGGCACCUGGAGCACCGGGAACACUGGAGGCACCGGGAGCGCUGGAGGCACGGAAAGCACUGGAGGCACUGGGAACGCUGGGGGCACUGGGAACGCUGGGGGCACUGGAGGCAUUGAAAGCACUGGAGAAACUGGGAGCACUGGGGGUACUGGGGGCACCCAAGUCCCUGGCCAGAGCAGGAGCACCAGGGAUACUGGGCAUACUGGGGACACUGGGAACACAAACAUCCCCAGGGACACCAGGAGCAGCAGGGAUGCUGGGGACAGCCAAGUGCCCAGGAACACUGGACAAACUGGAGAGACUGGAAAAUUCCCUAGGGACACUAGGAACGCCAGGAAAGUCCCCAGGGACGCCAGGGAUACUAGACAGACUGGGGAAACUGGAAAAGUUCCCAGGAGCACCAGGAAAGUCCCCAGGGAUGCCAGGAACACCAGGGAUACUGAACUGGCUGAGGACACUGGGAAGGUCCCUGGAGACCCCAAGAGCAAGAGGGAUAGUGGAGACACUGGGGACACUGGGAAUAUCUGCAGGGACACCAGGAGUACCAGGGACAGUGAGGAGACUGGGAAUAUGACAGACAUUGGGCACCCCCCAACCGCAGGGGUCACCGGGAGCCUGGCGAGCUGGCACCGCUCCCGCCGCAGCCCCAACACGGCGCCCCAGUUCCAGCCCUCCAGCUACCAGGCCUCGGUGGCGGAGAACCGGCCGGCGGGGACGGCAGUGACGCAGGUGACGGCAGUGGACCCGGACGAGGGGGAGGCCGGGCAGCUGCGGUACGCCAUGGCCGCCCUCUUCGACAGCCGCUCCGACGCCCUCUUCUCCAUGGACCCCCUGAGCGGCGCCGUCGCCACCGCCGCCCCCCUGGACCGGGAGAGCAAGAGCAGCCACGUCUUCCGGGUGACCGCCACCGACGGCGGCACGCCCCGGCGCAGCGCCAUGGCCACCUUGACGGUGACGGUGACGGACGCCAACGACCACGACCCGGCCUUCGAGCAGGCCGAGUACAGGGAGAGCGUGCGGGAGAACCUGGAGGUGGGCUACGAGGUGCUGACGGUGCGGGCCACCGACGGGGACGCCGGGCCCAACGCCAACCUCCUCUACCGGCUCCUCAACGGCGGCGGCGCCAACGAGGUCUUCGAGAUCGACCCCCGCUCGGGGGUCAUCCGCACCCGCGGCCCCGUGGACCGUGAGGCAGUGGAGGCCUUCGAGCUGCUGGUGGAGGCCACGGACCAAGGGCAGGAGCCGGGACCCCGCAGCGCCACGGCCACCGUCCGCAUCGUGGUGGAGGACGACAACGACAACGCGCCGCAGUUCGGCGAGAGGCGCUACGUGGCGCAGGUGCCCGAGGACGUGGCGCCCAACUCGGCCCUGCUGCGGGUGACAGCCACCGACCGCGACAAGGGCAGCAACGCCCUGGUGCACUACAGCAUCGUCAGCGGCAACACCCGCGGACACUUCUACAUCGACGCCCAGACCGGCGCCCUGGACGUGGUCAGCCCCUUGGACUACGAAGUCACCAAGGAGUUCACCCUCCGGAUCCGGGCGCAGGACGGCGGCCGCCCUCCCCUCUCCAACAUCAGCGGCUUGGUCACCGUCCAAGUGCUGGAUGUCAAUGACAACGCCCCCAUCUUUGUCAGCACCCCCUUCCAGGCCACCGUGCUGGAGAACGUCCCCGUGGGCUACUCCGUCAUCCACAUUCAGGCCAUCGACGCCGAUUCAGGUGACAACGGCCGCUUGGCCUACGCCCUGCUGGACACCGGCGCCGGCUUCCCCUUCACCAUCAACAACAGCACCGGCUGGAUCGUGGUGGCCUCCGAGCUGGACCGGGAGGCGGUGGACUUCUACAGCUUCGGGGUGGAGGCACAGGACCAGGGGAACCCUCCCCUGGCCUCCUCGGCCAGCGUCAGUGUCACCGUGCUGGACGUCAACGACAACAGCCCCGAGUUCACGCAGCGGGAGUACGGCGCCCGGCUGAACGAGGACGCGGCGGUGGGCAGCAGCGUCCUCACCGUCUCUGCCCUCGACCGGGAUGCCAACAGUGUCAUCACCUACCAGAUCUCCAGCGGCAACACCCGCAACCGCUUCGCCAUCACCAGCCAGAGCGGCGGGGGGCUCAUCUCCCUGGCCCUCCCCCUGGACUACAAGCUGGAGCGGCAGUACCUCCUCACCGUCGCCGCCUCAGAUGGCACCCGGCAGGACACCGCCCAGGUGGUGGUCAACGUCACCGACGCCAACACCCACCGGCCGGUCUUCCAGAGCUCCCACUACACCGUCACCGUCAACGAGGACCGGCCGGUGGGCACCACGGUGGUGGUGAUCAGCGCCACGGACGAGGACACGGGGGAGAACGCCCGCAUCACCUACUUGAUGGAGGACAGCAUCCCCCAGUUCCGCAUCGCCCCCCAGAGCGGGGCCGUCACCACCCAGAUGGAGCUGGACUACGAGGAGCAGGUGUCCUACACCUUGGCCGUCACGGCGCGCGACAACGGCAUCCCCCAGAAGUCUGACACCACCUACCUGGAGAUCCUGGUGAGCGACGUCAACGACAACGCCCCCCAGUUCCUCCGCCACUCCUACCAGGGCUCGGUCUACGAGGACGUGCCGGCCUUCACCAGCGUCCUGCAGGUCUCUGCCACCGACCGCGACUCCGGGCUCAACGGCCGCGUCUUCUACACCUUCCAAGGGGGCGACGACGGUGACGGCGACUUCAUCAUCGAGUCCACCUCUGGCAUCGUCCGCACCUUGCGCCGCCUGGACCGGGAGAACGUAGCCCUCUACACCCUGCGCGCCUUCGCCGUCGACAAGGGGGUGCCGGCCAAGAGGACGCCGGUGGAGAUCCAGGUGACGGUGCUGGACGUCAACGACAACCCUCCGGUCUUCGAGCGGGACGAGUUCGACGUCUUCGUGGAGGAGAACAGCCCCAUCGGGCUGGUGGUGGCCAGGAUCACGGCCACCGACCCCGACGAGGGCACCAACGCCCAGAUCAUGUACCAGAUCGUGGAGGGCAACAUCCCGGAGGUCUUCCAGCUGGACAUCUUCUCCGGGGAGCUCACCGCCUUGGCCGACCUGGACUACGAGACCAAAGCCGAGUACGUCAUGGUGGUCCAGGCCACCUCGGCCCCCCUGGUCAGCAGGGCCACCGUCCACGUCCGCCUCCGCGACGCCAACGACAACAGCCCCCAGCUGAAGAACUUCGAGAUCCUCUUCAACAACUACAUCACCAACCGCUCCGGGAGCUUCCCCGGGGGGGUCAUCGGCCGCGUCCCCGCCCGCGACCCCGACGUCUCCGACAGCCUCACCUACGCCUUCGAGCAGGGCAACGAACUCAACCUGGUGCUGCUGGACCCCCGCAGCGGCGACCUGCGCCUCAGCCCCGCCCUGGACAACAACCGCCCCCUGGAGGCCGUCAUGAGGGUCUCUGUCUCAGACGGGGUUCACAGCGCCACGGCGCAGUGCACGCUGCGGGUGACGGUGAUCACGGACGAGAUGCUGAGCAACAGCAUCACCCUGCGCCUGGCCGACAUGUCCCAGGAGCGCUUCCUCUCGCCGCUCCUCAGCCGCUUCCUGGAGGGGGUGGCCACCGUCCUGGCCACCCCUCGCCACCGCGUGGUCCUCUUCAACAUCCAGACCGACACCGACGUGGGGACGGCCGCCCGGAUCCUCAACGUCAGCCUCUCGGUGCUGCUGCCCCCCUCGGGGCAGGGCUCCUCCCGCUUCUUCUCCUCGGAGGAGCUGCAGGAGAGGCUCUACCUGAACCGCUCCCUGCUGGCCUCCAUCUCUGCCCAGCGAGUGCUGCCCUUCGACGACAACAUCUGCCUGCGGGAGCCCUGCGAGAACUACCUGCGCUGCGUCUCGGUGCUGCAGUUCGACAGCUCCGCUCCCUUCCUGGCCUCCGACACCAUCCUCUUCCGGCCCAUCCACCCUGUCACCGGCCUGCGCUGCCGCUGCCCCCCUGGCUUCACCGGCGACUACUGCGAGACCGAGAUCGACCUCUGCUACUCCAGCCCCUGCGGCAGCCACGGGCACUGCCGCAGCCGAGAGGGAGGCUACACCUGCGAGUGCCACGAGGACUUCACCGGGGACCGCUGCGAGCUGAGUGCCCGGGGAGGCCGCUGUGCCCCGGGGGUCUGCCGCAAUGGGGGCACCUGCCUGAACCUGCUGGUGGGGGGGUUCCGGUGCCAGUGCCCCCCCGGGCACUACGAGAAGCCCUUCUGCACCAUGAGCACCAGGAGCUUCCCCCCGAGCUCCUUCCUCACCUUCCGAGGCCUGCGCCAGCGCUUCCACUUCACCCUCGCCCUGACGUUUGCCACCAAGGAGAGGGAUGGGCUCCUGCUCUACAACGGGCGCUUCAACGAGCGGCACGACUUCGUGGCACUGGAGAUCGUGGGCGAGCAGGUCCAGCUCACCUUCUCUGCAGGUGAGACCACCACCACCGUGUCCCCCUUUGUGCCCGGUGGGGUCAGCGAUGGGCAGUGGCACCGCGUCCAGCUGCACUACUACAACAAGCCGGUGCUGGGGCGGUCGGGGCUGCCCCAGGGCCCCUCGGAGCAGAAGGUGGCCGUGGUGGCAGUGGACGACUGCGACACGGCCAUGGCCCUGCGCUUCGGUGCCCACCUGGGCAACUACUCCUGCGCCGCCCAGGGCACCCAGUCCGGCAGCAAGAAGUCGCUGGAUCUGACGGGGCCGCUGCUGCUGGGGGGGGUCCCGACCCUGCCCGAGAGCUUCCCGAUCCGCAGCCGCAGCUUCGUGGGCUGCAUGCGGCACCUGCACAUCGACCAGCGCCCGGUCGACAUGGCAGCCUUCAUCCCCACGAAGCUGCGGCUGCGGAUCGGGAAGCUCUCGGGCAGGGUCGGGACCCCCCCCAGCAGCAGCGGCCCCGUCAGAUCCAGCGACCUGCGGCGGCAGCACCGCCCCCCGCCAGGGACCCCCGCUCAGACAGCUCCCCCCAGAGCUCCCCCCGUGGGGAACGAAGGAGACCACCCCCCCCGUUAA